AUGAGAGAUAGCUUCCUCAGUUUGACAGAUGAUUGUCUCAAUUGGUCCUGGCCCUCAAUUAAUACCUGGUCAUCUAUUCAUUCUUUUCAUGUACAUCCUAUAUUAUGGGACAGUUUCGACCGUAUAAACACACAAACAGCCCUAAAUACUUUCGAGUCUAAGACUGAAACUCAAAAGCGCAAAUUAGCUCAUCUAAUUACCCAACAACUUCCAAAACCCAGAACUUUGAAACCCACCACAGUGGUUCACAACUUUUCUGAUACCCCCAUUUCUACUAUUGCCACUCAAGCUUUAGCAAAAGGUUUCAAUUAUUCUGUUACCCCAAGCCACACCCCAAUUGAGACAAUCAUCUGUCAAACUGAGGAAGCUAUCUCUCAUUUACCUUCUGAAGAUGCUGAAAUAGUUAGACAAGACGUCGCUAGAGUUCUUAGGAACUCAAAGCCCCCUACUCCAAACAUUAGUCAAUCUGAGAGAAAAGCCCUGAAAGAACUUCAAGCAAAUCCAGAUCUAGUCAUUCUUCCUGCCGAUAAAGGAAACGCCACUGUCAUCCUAAACACUUCGUCUUACAUCGAUAAGCUCUCAAAUCUCAUUAACACCCCCGACUACAAGCCACAACCGUAA